AUGCACUCCUGUCGGUCACAAAGUGUCAUUCUGGGAGACAUUGCCACUGCAUGUCUCCCACAAUGGCACAAUAUUCCUUUGAGAAAGACCUGGCAGGGGGUCCUUUCUCAAGGUCAGGGCCCCCUUCUAAUCUUUCUGGUCCUGGAAGGAGCGCUUCUGACUGGUCUGUGCGCUCCUUCCAAGAAGAUCAGUAGAUUGCGCCAAUAA